UUAGGUAAUUAUCUAUCUGGCAACUAAUAUACUUACCAGUAAUAAUGACCCUGUCAGAAGCAACUACUCGGGACGAUACUAAUGAUAAAAAUGCUGACGUUCGAAUCUUGCUUAUCGGCGAGCCUGGCGUUGGUAAAACAUCGCUAAUAAUGUCGUUGCUUGAAGACGAAUUUUGCGCAAAGGUACCUCCUCGUAUUGACAAUAUAAUGAUUCCAGCUGAUGUUACCCCUGAAGGUGUUGUUACAUCAAUCCAUGAUUAUUGUGGUAGUGAACAAACUGAGGAAGAACUUAAAACGGAAAUUGAAUCCGCGAACGUCGUGUGUCUCGUUUAUGCCGUAGACGAUCAUCAAUCGCUUGAAAAAGCAAAAAAUAUCUGGUUACCUUUGAUCAAGCAAAUCAAAAGUUAUAAAAGUGAUAGCUGCCCGAUUAUUUUUGUUGGCAAUAAAUCAGACGAAGCUGGACCAUCUAAGCACAUAGAAAAGGUGCUUCCAAUAAUGAACGAAUACGAUGAAAUAGAAACAUGCGUGGAAUGUUCAGCGAAAACGAUGAAAAAUAUUAGCGAGAUAUUUUAUUAUGCUCAAAAAGCAGUUAUUUAUCCCACUCAUCAGUUAUAUAUAUCAGAAGAUAGGGAAUUAACGAGGAAGUGUAAAAAGGCUCUUAUACGAAUUUUCAAGUUAUGCGAUUUUGAUAAUGAUGGCCUUUUAAAUGAUACUGAGUUGAAUCAAUUCCAGUUGUUUGUUUUUGGAGUUCCACUUACAGCAUCUGCUGUUUCGGAUGUGAAAACAGCUGUGCGAUUAAAUACGAAGGACGGUGUUAUCGAUGAUGCUAUUACUCUUCCGGGCUUUAUUUACCUCCAUCAGCUUUUCAUUCAUCGUGGUCGACACGAAACAACGUGGAGGGUAUUGAGGCGAUUCGGAUAUGACAAUGAAUUAGAACUUGCAGCUGAUUAUAUACAACCCUCGCUGAAGGUACCAAGGGGUAGCUCUACGGAGUUGACUCAGGAAGGCUUUCAAUUCAUCACUGCUUUGUUCCGAAAAUUUGAUGAGGAUAAGGAUGGCUGCUUAUCUCCUAUGGAACUACAGAAUCUAUUCAGUGUUUGUUCACCACAGGCAUGGAGCAAAGAAGCCAAUUCUGCUGUGGAGACAAAUCAUAAGGGAUGGCUAACUUAUAAUGGAUAUGUGGCUUACUGGAUUUUAACAACAUUCUUGAAUGUUUCGUUGACGAUGGAAUUAUUGGCUUAUCUCGGUUUCAGUAUCCAACACGAAUCGCAACUAGAUGCUAUUAAGGUAACUCGCGAUAGGCGAAUUGAUAUUGCUGAGAGAUUUACAACAAGAGCAGUAUUUCAAUGCCAUGUUAUUGGCCCCAAAGGCGCUGGCAAAACGAUUUUUUUACAGUCUUUUGCUGGUCGCAGUCUGACGGAUGUAGCGGCAAUGGGGACAAAGUCGAUUUCACCCUAUGUUUUGAAUAGUGUGAAAGUCAAACAAAGUACGAAAUAUCUCUUGCUUCAUGAAGUUGAUGUACUCUCACCCGAUGAAGCGCUUACAACUUAUGAGAAAAGUGCUGAUGUUAUUGUUCUCUUAUAUGACAUUACCAAUCCUGACUCGUUUGCUUAUUGUGCGUCUAUAUAUCUGAAAUAUUUCUAUCGAACAAAAGUGCCAUGUGUAAUCGUGGCCACAAGAUCGGAGUUGUGUGAGGUGGAACAAAAAUAUGAACAACAACCAAAUGAUUUUUGCCGCGCACACUCAUUACCUCAACCACUCCGUUUCCGACUUAAUGAUACUGGCAAAACUGAUAAUCCUAUUUUCUUGCAACUGGCAAUGAUGGCUGUUUAUCCGCAUCUGAAACGAGUGUACUAUCUUCAGGAUUCGUAUUUGUUGUCCACAAUCACUGUUGGUGCUGCUAUAGCUGCUUUAGCAGGAUUUCUAGUCUACAGAAACCUAUGAUAUAUUUCGCUACUUAUUUGCGAAGAUCUAAUUGUUGACCUCUUUGCGGUUGUAUAAUGUCAUGAGAAUAGCCUAUUCUGAUUCAGUUUCCGUUAUACACUUUUCUGUGUAUAAACGCAAGCAGUUAUUUUUAUUCCUUCAACUUUAGAUUAUUUAUUUUAUGGGACUAGAAAUGCUGAUUGCACUUUGUGGUGCC